AUGGGUACUAUUUACCAAGAUACCGUGGACCAGGACACGACGGUCCGACGUACAAUGGACGAGGGCUUGAUCGAGGCUAAGCUCGUUUCAAGGGAAUACUGCCUGUCUCACUGGGUCUUCGCAUUAAGCCAAUCCGGUCAAAUGCAUCAACGCCGAUCUGGCAAAAAUGGUGAUUCACUACUCACGGAGCCCCCUGCCAAACAAGAAGUCAUCAGUUCCAUCGGGUUUCGCAUCAAGGACGCCAACCCCCCGAUCAAUAGGCUGCUGGAAGAUUUGUGGCUUCCGUUCAUGGAGCGACCCGGGGAAUUCUGUGAUUGCGUUCAACGGAUAUGGGGGGUUAUCUACAAUUACUCCGGGGUCGACCAUAUCGAGACUGUCUCUACAACCGGUAUAUCUCGAGAUGAUCUGGUCGAGGAGCUAGCCCGCAGACAAUCAAAUGCUUUGAACGGUAUUGAAUUGGGACUUGCCUCGUAG